UGUUUACAAACUAAAUUGCUGUCAAUUUAUGUUAAAAUGUUGAUUUUUAUUCAAUCAUUUUGUCGUUAAAUGUAUUUGUCAAUUGCGAAAAAAAACAGUAAAUAAGGAAUGAAUACAUGAAAUGAGUGCACCGUUGUGAAUCGUUGAAAAUUGCGGUAAAAUUCAAACUGUAAACCAUGUUUAAGAGAAAAAAUUGAUUUUUCCCAGGCGCUUUUCACAUUGAAGGAUAACACGCACGCACACAAAGUGUAUAUAAAUAGUAAAGCCAAACAGGCAUUUCAGUAUAGUAACAACUGGCAGUACAUGCAGUUAGAACAUUCCGUAGUUCAGAAUAAUACGAAAGUAAACAAAUUCCGUAUCUCUGUCUCUCUUCCUGUUUCUCAAAAAAAAAUUUGAUGACAAAUGUGAUAAAUAUAAGGUGAAUAAGUAAAUAAGUGUGGCAAAAUAAAAAAAAAUCAUAAUUUUUGCAAUUUCUAAUAUUCAUGUGAGAAUAUUAUCAACAAAAACAACAACAAACAACAAACGGAUUUAUGAUGUCGGAUUUACAACUAACUGAAAAUAUGUAUCCACCGGGAUGGGAUGUAAAAUAUGAUACAAAAACGGGAAAGUGCUACUACAUCAAUUACUUGACAAAAGCCAUGCAACUUGAAGAUCCUCGCAUUCGAUAUCGUCAACUGCAAAAUGAGCAUGCAUCAACCGAAUCAAUACCCAUGCAAACAAGCUCACAGCAUGGAUCCCCAUAUCAUGUAUAUCAGAUAUAUCCCAUUAAUAAUCAUCCACCUGCGGUUCAAGCAUUUCAAGCACCGAACACAGCGUCACUGUACAAUGUAUCAACCAGUCCGUUAUUAACAAAUAAAUUACAAAAAAUGGAAAUGUCGCCAAUCAUGCGAAUGGGCAGUCCCAGCAUAUCAAGAAUUCAGCAUUUUGAUAAAACCAGUCAAAAUGGCAGCACCUGUGGAAAUUAUCAAGAAACAUCAUUUAUAACACAAGCUGAUACCGAUGCGGCUGUUGCCAAAAUCAACACAAUGUUUCCAACGGCGAGUGAUGCCCAUAUUCGGCUCUUGCUAAAAAAAUAUUACAAUCGUGAAGCUGUAGUUAUAUCUGCUUUACAAGUGGAAAAGCAUCCUUUAACGACGCCUGGCCCAUAUUCAACGCCACCAUUGCCACGGCAUCCGUUAAGUAAAAAACAUUCAUUGAUUACAAUGACUCCGCCGAUGAGUCGUUUUGAGCCGCCAACAUCUCGAACGGCAAGUCCGAUUCCAGCUCGACCAGCAAGUAGCUGUGCAAGUGCCAGCUACGGUUCGCCACGUGUUGGAGAGGGAUUUCGAUGUUCGCCCAAACCACAUUCAUCACCAAAGAUGAAGCUUAGAUAUCUAAAGAGUAUUUAUCCAAAAGCCGAAGAAAUGCUAUUGCUUGAUAUAUUGGCAAAUGCUGACAAUAAUGUGCAAAAGGCGUCCGAAAAAUUGUCGUCAAUGGGAUAUGAAAAACGUGAUACAACUACACCAAAGCCAACAAAUCGUGCACGUGAAGAACAAAUUCUAAAGGAGAAAAUCGAAAGGGAAAACACACCACCACCACAGCCAAGAUUGAAAUCAAAUGAAGAGAAACAAAAAAUAAAAAAUCAACUGAAAGGCCGAUACAAGGAUGUGGCCGGACGAAUAAUUACAAUGGCACUGGAAAGUGUUGAUUAUUCAGAGGAAAAAGCAUGCAAAAUAUUGGAAAUUGUAAUGCAAGACGAUAAAGGAACCAAAGAUGAAAUAAAACAUGAGGUCAAGGAAGAGGCUUCAGUUGAAAAUGAAACAGCUCCAACGUGUGCUGGCCCAGCAAUUGUUCAGGCAGACGCUACUCCAGAUGUUGUGGAUCAUGAAGAAAGCCGCAGUGAAAGCACAACUUUAUCCACCGCAAUUCCAAAAGACGAUACCAAAAGCACUUUAGCACAAGAUGAUGAAAAUAAUUCCGAUAAAUGCGUUAAAGUAAAAUGUACGCCGAAAUCAUCGCCGGAAUCAUUAUCAUCACCAUCCGACAUUGCAAUCACACCAACCAAUGCCAAUGCCAAGAUGUAUCGCAGUCGCUUUAAGACUAAAUCAGAUCAUGCAAAGCCAGCAAUUUCGGGUGACAGUAUAAUCAAUAACGAAUUGGACAAUAAAUCGGUGUACAAAUCUCCAUGGAAUAACAAUAAACUGUCAAUCGGUCCAAAUGCAAUUUCAGCCAAAGGGCCAAACGAAGAUUUACUACUGGCUGAUUAUAUCGCCUGGAAUGGAGCCAAUUCCGACUUGUGCAAAGGAAAUCGUAGUUGUCUUGCCAAAGGUUCCGAUCCAACAAUGCGCUCGACCCGAUUGAUUCAAGCACAAGGAUCAAAGAGUGAACUGUGCAAAGGGCCAAAUACAACGUUGGCCAAAGGCAGCAUAUAUGCUCAAAUUUAUGCCCAACCAAUUGCAAAUGUGAAAUGCAAUUAAAAUAUACGCAGUCGCCAUAAAUACCAAAAUGAAAUAAAAUUUAUUUCAAACACAACUUUCGAACAUUUCCAUCAAAUGGCCGAUUACAUUCCAAAAAAAAUAAUUGUGAUGUUGAUGUGUUAUAGUAUGAAAAUAACAUUUAAAACAGUAUAGCCAAAUUUCUAGUUAAUAAAACAAAAACACACAGAAAUAAUAACAUUGAGGGAUAAAAACAUGUCAGAACUAAUUUAGUUGUGUUUAUAAACAACAAACAAAACAAAAAAUUCAAAAUUUUAAUAGAUAUUUGACAUGAAUUCUACAGAGUUUGAAACAAAAAAGUUAAGACAUUUUUUUAGUGUGAAUUCAAUUUUUGAUGUUAAAUCAAUGUUCGUUUUGGAAAAUGUUGCCAAUCAAAAUCGCAUGAGCACGCAUCAACGUCCUUUUAUUGGUCAAAAUGAAAGAGAAGAAAUGUGAUGCAAAUGUUAAAUGCAAGCGACACAUACAAAACCCUAAAUAAAUUUCCGAGCCAUUUUUUUGCUCGUAACAGGAAGCAAAGUGACUACGAAAAAUUUACAAAAAAAAAAAUUGUACCAUUUAUUUUAUAAGCAACUUCAUUUUGAGUAUAUCGUUCUAUAGAAAAAUGAUGUCCAACCAAAUUGGACGAAUUCUUAUGAAAAGUGAAUGAUUUUUGAUGAAUUCGCAUUGCCAUCUUUUACGUUUAAAAUGUUGGACGUCAUUUAAAAUAGAAUGGUUAAAAUUCCAUCCAAAAACACAAAACCACAAAAUGUCAUUUAUUUCUUCGUUUUCUCUAUCGUAAAGUCAGUUUUUAUUGCCCGCCAAUUUAUUUCACGUAUUAGUUUUUAGUGGUUGGUCGGGCCACAUCUGUCAUCAUUAAAUAAAAAAAAAACAAACCUUAAUUACAUAUUUCUUCUGUAUUUUUUGCUGUAGAUGGUAUCUUCUUUGAUGCUGAAAUGAAAAUCAAAUAAGUUUUGUGAAUAGACAAAAUAAACUAAAUAAAAAAACAAUGACCGCCUAA